AUGGCGACGACGCCAUUGCCCUUGACCUCGGCAUCCAGCGCGAGCGCACUCGGGACAGUGACUUCGGCCAAGGCUACGACUGCGACAGAUGGGGAUGAUGCAGCGAUGGUGGAUGCGCCUUCCGCUACGAAGCGCAAAGCAGAGGCGGGGGUCGAGCAUCUCGACGCCGAAUUUGAACUCGACACGCCGCCUCGAAAAGGGCCAUCGACAAAGAAGGCCAAGCCGGCUGGUGCCGAUCUAGAUGGCGCUGCUCACCAACAGCAGGCACGCCCAAGCGAUGCUCGCGUCGACGUCUUCGGUACCAAUGCCACAGCGGGGCCUUCCAGAUUGCCUGCCGUGGGCACACGGAAGGGCGCCGGCAACAAGGGCAAGAAUCAGCAGCUAGUCACGCUCAAGGGGAACCAGCUCAUCAUCAAGCAAAAGAUCUUGGACGCAAAGGACCAGAUGUCAACAUUGCAGGGUAUGUUUUGGCUCAUCGACUGUGCAGUGUCAAGGCGCUUACGAACCCGCUUCGCUGCACGUAGGCCGCAUCAACCUCAACGCGUACUUGCAGAGCUGCACCGGGCCAGUCGAGCGACUUCCUGAUGAGCAUCUGCCAGUCAUCGCAAAGCUAGCCCAAGAGUCGUGAGUGGCGCAAGCUCCUCGCACCAAAUGUUGCAUAGUCUAGUCUCACCCGUAUCGCUCACCCUGCACCUCGCAGCGACAAGACUUUGGUAGAUCUAGUGCGAUCUGUAGUCAAGAUCAUUCUUCCCUCGAGCGACGACGUCACCAGCGCACCAUUGGAUUGUGCAAAGAGUCUGCGUAAGUCGGAGCGGUAGGCCGUCCGCAUGCCGAUGAUGUCACUCAUGACCAAGCUCCAUCAUGCUCGUCCACAGCCACGCUUACGUCUGAGGCAGUCCACAAGGCGAUCCUGAGCGUCGCUGAUAGAGUCAACUACGGAGUAGAGAGCGAUCCUUUGGGGAGGGACUCGGUCCCGCCAGUGAGUCGCGAGUUUGCGUUGCGCGUCUGCUUGAGCCAUGCUCAUACUCGUCGGCGGCAUCAUCAGGGCAUGCAAAUGUGGCGGUGGGAAGUUCGGGACGAUGCCAUGCUGCCGAGCGAGAUUCGGGAAAAGCUGCUCGCCAGGCGAGAAGAACGCCUCGCAUCCAUUAAACCCGAGAUUGAGCGGAUCAUGGAAGCGAUGCCGGAGGAAGAGCGGCAUACCCUCUUGAAGGCGACCAGAAGACCUCUGCCUGGCAAAGCCGCACAAGCUGACCAGUCAAGUGCGGCGCCAGAGCCCCAAAAAGAGAUCCCAAACGUCUCUUCAGCGCUUGAAUCGUCGGCUUCCAAGACGCCCUUACUAAAGAGUGGCGCUGGCAGGGACGCUUCUACCGCGAUAGAGAUUGAAGAGGAAGGCGAUGAGGAGCAGGAUUCUGGCAUCGGUAGCGCAUCCUCAAAUGGUUCGCCUGUGAAGAAGCAAAAGACGAACGCAGGCAAAGCAGCCGCAGAGCCAAAAAAGGUGAAGGUGUUGGACCCGGAAGCGCUGGCGAAGCAGGCCGAGCGAGAGGAAAAGAAGCGCGAGCGCGAGCUGAAGCGAAAGGAAAUGGAAGAGAAAAAGGCGGCCAGGGAGGCGCUAUUGGCCAAGAAAGAGCACAUGAAGCAAAAGGCCGCUUCUUUCAUGUCUGGCUUUUUGGCUCGUGGAAGAUCGCCUUCGCCUAUCAAGCAUUCAAGGCAGCCCGAGAUGAAGGACCAAACCGAAUAUGAGCGCACAUUCUUGCCUUGCGAAUACAAGGACAUAGCUCCCGUCAAUCGAUUCCACAAAGCGGCGAGUCUUGACCUGCUUGACAACAUUGGCAUUGGACAGCCCACCUGUGGGGGUGAGUGAGCGCGUCUGCUGAAAGCAAGUCACGCGCUUACAUUGGACAUCUACAUCUUCGCGCAGAGCUCUUGGUCCAAUGUGUACGCGGCUCGGCGAGCGAUAGUCGCUCAAGCGUGCCGGCGCGACGUCGGCGCAGAGGCAUUCACCCACGCGCCAACGUCCGCGAGACGCUUCGCCUCGUCAACGAAGCCGGCCUUGUCGGAGGCGCUUCGGAAGAGGAUGCGCGUAGCAGUCUGAAGCGAUUGUCGAACCGCAGGAAUGUCCCCGUCAAGUUCUUGCAGUUUGAGAGCGACAGACGACCAGCUUGGUUCGGUGCGUCAUUGCGAGAGAACUCGUUUGGCUCACCAUGUAUCACACUGACCCGGAGUGUUUCGCGCCUGCCAGGCACAUGGACUCGCAGCUCUAACCUAGUCGGCGCACGCAACCCCUUCGGACAGGAUCCUGUUGCGCUAGACUAUACGUAUGAUAGCGACGCCGAGUGGGAAGAUGUUGGAGCGAUAGAGGGCGAGGAAGUGGACAACGACAAAGAGGACGACGCAGGAAGUGGGUCUGACGGCGAUUCGGAAAUGGACGAUUGGCUUGUGGAUGAUCUCGAGGAGGAAGAGGAGCCCGAAGGCGAAGAUGGACACUCUGACAUCGUCGAGACGGACAAAGACGGAAACGCACUCUCCGCAUCGCACAAAAUUGACUCUGCGCUCGGAACACCGCCGCUCUCGACGCGCCCUGCCACUGCUAUCAACGAACUGCAAGUUAAGAAGAAGCGAGUCAAGCCGAUUGGCCGCAGAUUCACUUCGAAGCUUGUGCCAAUCUCCAUGGGGCCGCACUGGGAAUCGACCCUUGGCGAAUCUUCACACGAUGCAUUCAAGUCGUAUCAAAUGGAAUUCCUGAAUGGUGAGCAGUGCCCUGCGGCACAACAUUGCGCUCGAGCUGUGCUGACAGAGUUCGUGCGUGCGAUGUGUUCCAGGCGCGUACCCAGGUCUCAAUCCUUUCACGUAUGUGCAGGCGACAGCAGAGCCUGGACAAAGCAAAGCCCAGACAGCCACUGUUACCGCAUCUUCGCCAUCCAAGGCUGUAGCCAUGCAGACACAGGCAUCGCUUGGCAUCUUGCAAAGAGCACUCAAUCCAGCAGCGGUCACCGAACCAACCAAUAGCGGCUUGACGCCCAACGCCUCCGGCGUCCUGACACCUCCAGCCCCAGCAGCAAAGGUAGUCAAAAGCGCAUUUCCCAGCGAGAGCAUUCCCGCUCUGCUCAAGGCCGUCGAGGGACGCACGCAGACGAAGAUUCUCCUGAUCGAAUCUCUGCGUGGAGAAUUUGCCGGCGUAGCUCGAAACGCCAUCGAAGCUGCUGUUGACCAGUACACUGAGAGAGAGGGCAAGAAGGCCACUAGCAAGUGGGUCGUCAAGGCCAACUUCAAACACUUGGUCGUUUAA